CAUUCGGGGUCCUUCGACUUCACGUGUGCGCGUGCUGCUCUGCCAUCGUGAGACGGAACCAUGCCGAAGUCAAAGAGGGACAAGAAAAUCUCGUUAACGAAAACCGCCAAGAAGGGCCUGGAGUCCAAACAGAAGCUCAUCGAGGAGCUACGGACAUGUGUGGACACCUACAGGAACCUGUUCAUCUUCUCUGUGGCCAACAUGAGGAACAGCAAGCUGAAGGACAUCAGGACAGCGUGGAAACACAGCAGGUUCUUCUUUGGCAAAAACAAAGUCAUGAUUGUCGCUUUGGGAAAAGGGAAUACGGAUGAAUACAAAGAUAACUUGCAUAAGGUCAGCAAGUAUCUGCGAGGAGAAGUCGGUGUGCUGUUCACCAACAAAACCAAGGAUGAAGUACAGGAGUACUUCAGUCAUUUCAAAGAGAUGGACUUUGCUCGAGCAGGCAACCAGGCACACAUGGACAUCACUCUGGACGAAGGACCCCUGGACCAGUUCCCUCAUUCAAUGGAGCCCCAGCUGAGACAGUUAGGACUUCCCACUGCUCUCAAAAAAGGAGUGGUGACGCUGCUGAAAGACCACAACGUCUGUAAAGAGGGAGACGUGCUGACUCCGGAGCAGGCUCGUAUUCUGAAACUCUUUGCUAUUGAAAUGGCAGAAUUCAAGGUGCAGAUCAAAUGUAUGUGGAACUCAGAGACAGGAGAGUUUGAGAACUUUGCUGGACAGGAAGAGCCUAUGCAGGACAACGACGACGAUGAAGAUGAAGAUGAUGAUGCAGAAUGAAGCUUCAGCCGGGGCCGGAGCACGUCACGUUGUUUCCUUCAGCAGCAGAGGGACGUCUGUCUGGAAGCCUUUCGUUGUGACUGCCAGCGCUGCCUCUGGAGUCUGAUCUCACAUUUUUACUUUUUUAUACACAACACAGAUCUUCACCUUGAACUCUUCCUGUGGACUAAGCUGUUGUUUGUGGGACUGGAGUCUGAGUACAUGUGGUGUUGUUGAAGCCACAGGUUUGUCAGUAUCAUGAGGAACGUGUUGCAUGUAAGAACGUUUCAAACAUUCAUGUGUUAAAACAACCCAAAUAAGGAAGAAACCGUUUUGUUAAAGUGAGAAAAUUUAAGGCAUUUUUUUGUUCCCCAGAAAAUAUGCGACAUGUUUACAUCUGUACAUGAAUGAAGUGCUCUUACACAUGGACAUGAUAAACGCCUCCAGUCAA